GCGCAAGAAACAAUAAUCGACGAUCACGCCACUGCCGAACUCCCUACAGCUUUCACCAGGAAAGCUCAAUAGGCACCUUAGGAGCAAGAGAAGGACAGAAACGAGGUCCUAUUUACGAUUCAUCCAUCUCCAGCUUCAACCGCCCCCAAACCCGACAACAAUGGCCCGCAACACCCUCCUCUCCCGUCUCCUCCUCCUCCUCCUCCUCGCCGUCCUCGCGCCCCUCGCGGCAGCCCAGCUCUCAAUCUACACGGCCUCCGAUAAGUACAAGUACCAAGGCUGCUUCAACGAGACAAACGACCUCCCCAACACGGCCCACGACCGCGCCCUCUCGGGCGGCGCAUCCAAAGUCAUGGAGGGCAACAUGACGGUGCCCCUGUGCCUCAGCUUCUGCAACAGCGGCGCCGAUAAGCAGUACACCUACGCCGGCGUCGAGUAUUCUCGCGAAUGCUGGUGCGCCCAGAGAAUCUCGGGCCUCGCGGUCAAGCUCGACGACAGCCAGUGCAACCUCCCCUGCGACGGCAACCAGGGCAUGGUCUGCGGCGGCGCGCUCAAGUUGAGCGUGUACAUGGUCAGCGCCGGCCUGCGGUCCUGGUCCCCGCCCGCGGCCGCGUCGUGGGCCGCGGUUGUCGUGGGCGGCUUGGCGACGUACGUGUUGCUGUAAUUCGUGGAUCAAUGAACCUGGUGAUGAGGUGUCAUGGUUGGUUGGUAUUGGGAGUCUUUUUUUCGAAUGGCGAAAAGAAUGGUUACACGACAGCAGCGUUUUAUUGUUUCUUGGAGGAUACCCCCCCCCUGUUUUUGAGUGUUUCUCGGACCUAUAGAAAGUCUCUGAAUUGAUGAUUUGUGUCUCACUCUCGCAGAGGA